AUGCCCUCCUCCCAGCCUGUCUCGGGCGACCUCGCCAUCAAGCCCGAGUUCGUGGACGAGAAGUCGCCCAUGGCUUCGACCAACGAGCCCAACCGCAAUCCCAAGUACGACCCGAAGAAGCCGCACAUCACCGAUCAGCCCAUCACAAAGGCCAACUGGUACAAGCACGUCAACUGGCUCAACGUUGUCUUCAUCAUCGGCAUCCCGCUCGCUGGCUGCAUUGCCGCUUUCUGGACCCCGUUGAAGUGGCAGACUGCUCUCUGGGCCGUCGUCUACUACUUCUGGACUGGUCUCGGCAUCACAGCCGGCUACCAUCGUCUCUGGGCGCACAAAUCCUACAAUGCCUCCCUGCCUCUGUCCAUCUUCCUCGCCGCCGUUGGUGGUGGUGCUGUCGAGGGCUCCAUCCGCUGGUGGUCUCGUGACCACCGCGCCCACCACCGCUACACCGACACCAGCAAGGACCCCUACUCCGUCCGCAAGGGUCUCUUGUACUCUCACCUCGGCUGGAUGGUCAUGAAGCAGAACCCCAAGCGCAUUGGCCGCACCGACAUCACCGACCUGAACGAGGACCCCGUCGUCGUCUGGCAGCACAAGCACUACAUCAAGGUCGUUGUCUUCAUGGGCUUGAUCUUCCCCUCUGCUGUUGCUGGUCUUCUCUGGAACGACUGGAAGGGUGGCUUCAUCUAUGCUGGUAUCCUCCGCAUCUUCUUCGUCCAGCAGGCCACCUUCUGCGUCAACUCGCUUGCUCACUGGCUCGGUGACCAGCCUUUCGACGACCGCAACUCUCCUCGUGACCACGUCAUCACCGCUCUUGUUACCCUUGGUGAGGGCUACCACAACUUCCACCACGAGUUCCCCUCCGACUACCGCAACGCUAUUGAGUGGCACCAGUACGACCCCACCAAGUGGUCCAUCUGGCUGUGGUCUAAGCUUGGUCUUGCCUCCAACCUGAAGCAGUUCCGUGCCAACGAGAUCGAGAAGGGCCGUGUCCAGCAGCUCCAGAAGAAGAUCGACCAGAAGCGCUCCAAGCUUGACUGGGGUGUUCCUCUUGAGCAGCUGCCCGUCAUCGAGUGGGACGACUACGUUGAGCAGGCCAAGAACGGCCGCGGUCUUAUCGCUGUUGCCGGUGUUGUACAUGACGUCACCGAGUUCAUCGCUGAGCACCCCGGUGGUAAGACCCUCAUCAAGAGCGGUAUUGGCAAGGACGCUACCGCCAUGUUCAACGGUGGUGUCUACUUCCACUCCAACGCUGCCCACAACCUUCUCUCCACCAUGCGUGUUGGUGUCAUCCGCGGUGGUUGCGAGGUGGAGAUCUGGAAGCGUGCCCAGAUGGAGAACAAGGACGUUGGCAUUGCCAAGGACGCUUCUGGCAACCCCAUCGUCAGGGCUGGCGACCAGGUCACCAAGGUCGCUCAGCCUGCUGUCAGCGCCAGCGCAGCAUGA